AUUUCGGCGGAUAACUCACCAUUCUUCAACAAGUUUCGUAGUGAUAAGUGUUCCACUCAACUCAUUCAGCUACUAUGGCCAGAACCAAGCAAACUGCUCGUAAGUCUACCGGAGGCAAGGCUCCACGUAAACAACUCGCUACGAAAGCCGCCCGUAAGAGCGCGCCAGCCACUGGAGGAGUCAAGAAGCCCCAUCGUUACCGUCCGGGAACUGUUGCUCUUCGUGAGAUUCGUCGUUACCAAAAGAGUACCGAGCUAUUGAUCCGUAAAUUGCCCUUCCAACGUCUCGUUCGUGAAAUUGCUCAAGAUUUCAAGACAGACCUGCGAUUCCAAAGCUCUGCUGUGAUGGCCCUUCAAGAAGCCAGCGAGGCAUACCUCGUCGGUCUCUUUGAAGAUACCAACCUCUGCGCCAUCCACGCCAAGCGUGUCACCAUCAUGCCCAAGGACAUCCAGUUGGCUCGUCGUAUUCGAGGAGAACGUGCUUAAAUUAUAUCACCUUUGACCUUCUUAAAUUCCAACAAAACGGCCCUUUUCAGGGCCAC